AUGUAUCCUGCGAUAUUUCUGAUAACAGUGUUAGUAGCACGGGUGAAUGCUAUUGUGCCUACUCAUAGUAGUGGUAAAGGAUUACGACCUUGGCUCCAAACCGGCCCACCUCGAUUCAAGCAAAAUCAAAGAGUUGUUCAUGAGGUAUUCCUAAACGAUAAAGCAAUAUUCAAGUGCACCGCGUUAGCAAGACCAGCCCCAAAAAUCCAUUGGUUUAGAAAUGGAGAAUUUUUGGACCACACAACUUAUGCAAACAAUGAGCGCCUUCGUGAAAAUAAAAAACAUUUUUCCUUGGAAAUAAGAAGAGUGGAAGUUAGCGAUCAGGGCUCCUGGGCAUGCAAAGUAUGGAAUCAAGCCGGCUCUAUAUUUCGUAAUUUUACUCUAGAAAUUAUUGAUUUCUGUGAUUAUUUCCUCAUGCAUGAAUUUCCGGCUGAACAUGUUCCGGAAAAGUGUAUCUGCUUGUGGUACCUUACGGGCGAGUAUCGAAAGAACGGCAUCAAUUGGACUGAGAUUAACGAUGAGCGCUGUGAUGCUUUCAAAAAAUAUGCAUCCAAAAUUCGGAAACCGUUGGGGAAGAAAAUAUGUGAGAAUGGUGCCUGCGGGAGUGAGUUGUCGGGAGUGGAUACGCAUGAAGUUUUGCAAGGAGUUGGAUUGCAUGAAGCAAUGCCCAGUGAUAUAAUGCAUGAUCAGCAACAGCAACCCAAUGGCUUACAGGCGGCAGCUCUUUUGUCCGAUACUGCUGAGAAACGUCUUCGGGCACGAACACUACUCCAACAAGAAAUUCCAGAAAUCAGUACAAGCAUCACAACUAAUGGUAUUCAAGAUGUUGAUUCAGAAAGUAAGGAUGUUGAUAUUUUAAUGAACAGCAAUGACAGCUCCUCCAGUGAAACAGAUGAGAAGAUCCCGGAAAAGUUAGACUUCUUAAUGCAUGAUCAACCGCGUCUGGAUGAAUCCGAUGAAGCACAUGUUCCUGAUAUUGCACCGAGAAUCCAUGCUCCGGUCAUAACAAUGACUACAUCUGCAACGGGCACAACAAAAAUAGCCUUCCUACAUGCAGCAAAUUCAUUGACUGCACGCACUACUACGCGACGCAUUUUCCCUCUCCAGAAAGUGCCUCCGUACUUCAAAGUGCGUGAUGAAGAUGCUGACACGUCAGUGAUAACGCCUUCUGGAAGAACGAUUAAACUGCAAUGCAAAGCUGGAGGACAACCAGAACCGCAGGUUAUCUGGUUCAAUAAUAACAAGAAAGUGAUCACUACGGAAGUUCGAAGGCCAGUAGGGACCGAGUUUCGUCUACGGAAGAAUACAUUGGAGAUAGAAGAUGUUGCAGAAUCAGAUUCAGGUGACUAUACAUGUGAGGCAUUCAAUUCGGCGGGUUCAGUAACGCGAACUUUCAAACUGAGGGUCGUUGAUCGGAUGCGUUCAAAACCGAUCAUCGUCCCAAAUAUUCUCCUAAAUCAAACCGUUGAUGCUAACAGUACAGUUAAUUUCACUUGUAAAGUGAUAUCAGAUCUGACACCACACAUCGUUUGGAUACGUAUUGAAAUGACCAAUAAUUCCAUUUAUUACUGGAAUGAAACGGAUCGUAAAUAUGUUUUCCGAUAUACUGAUAUGCAAUCGGUGGAGAAUGCAAUUGUAACGAAAACAUCGCAAGAUUCAUCAACAUUGACAAUAGUGAAUGUAACUGUGGCCGAUCAAGGGAUGUAUGCAUGUGUAUCAGGCAAUCAUCUUGGCCAUGCAAUAGCAAAUGCAACCUUAACAGUGAACGAAUUCCAUGCGAUGACGCUUGCAACAGGAAAUCCAGAUACGAAAUGGUCUCGUCCAUCUGCUGUGGCUGUCGUAUUUCUUCUCAUUUUACUCAUUUUCAUAGUGGCUAUUACUCUAUUUUACAUACUUUGCAUCCGAAAACGCUCAAAAGCACAAAUAGCUGAAAUGGAGCAAUUCAUUGGUCCAGUAAAGAAACGGGUCAUUGUUACAAAACGGCCUGUUGAUCCAGAAAACGAUGGUUGGUCCGAUAUGCCAUCGACUUAUCAAAUUCAUGUAGAACCAAUCGCAACAUCUGGAACCAGGAGACCACGACUUUCGAGCGACCUAACUUUUCUGUCGGAUUAUGAAAUUCCACCUGAUCCAGCUUGGGAGAUCGAAAGAUCCAGAUUACAUUUUGUGGAGAUGUUGGGUGAAGGGGCAUUUGGAGAAGUUUGGAAAGCAAUACUAAGGGUUCCAAUAAUGCGGACAACUACAAAUCAAGGAGAUAUACGAGAGGAGGAGGUAGCCGUCAAAAAAUUGAAAGCAUCGGCUCAUGAAAAAGAAUUAAUUGAUUUGGUAAGUGAAAUGGAAACGUUUAAAAUAAUUGGUCAUCAUGAAAAUUUGCUACGAUUGAUUGGAUGUUGCACUGGUACUGGUCCGUUGUAUGUUAUCGUGGAGUUGUGCAAACAUGGAAAUUUGAGGGAUUUUCUGAGAGCUCAUCGCCCUCGGGAUGCAGAUAGUGGAUCUCAGGUUCCUGAAGCUACAAAUUUUGGAGCUGGUGUUGGCGGUAGCAGCGAUCAUUAUUUAGAACCGCGAAAGUUGCAAAGGAAAUUAACCGUUGUAUCAACACACGACGAGCCAAUGCUUAUCAAGCAUUUGACACAAAGACAUCUUGUACAAUUUGCUUGGCAAGUGGCGAAAGGAAUGGAGUUCAUGGCCAGUCGAAAGAUAAUUCAUCGCGAUUUGGCUGCGCGAAAUGUUCUGGUCGCAGAUGGUUUUGUAAUGAAAAUAUCAGACUUUGGUCUAUCCCGAGAUGUCCAUUACAAUGAUUAUUAUCGGAAGAAAGGAAAUGGUCGAUUACCGAUAAAAUGGAUGGCAUUAGAAGCACUAGAUUCUCAUGUCUACACAAUCUACAGUGACGUUUGGUCAUUUGGAAUAUUACUUUGGGAAAUAAUGACUCUUGGCGGCACGCCUUACCCGUCUAUUGCAAUGCAACAACUGUAUUCAUGUUUGAAAGAGGGAUAUCGAAUGGAAGCACCGGAUAAUUGCCCUGAGGAGGUUUACGAUGUUAUGGUUGCCUGUUGGCAGGAAAAACCAGAAAAUCGUCCAAGUUUCGACACCUUGGUUGAUUAUUUCGACUGGAUGCUUACUCAGUCAGCUCGUGAUCACGAGAAAUAUCUGGAAGUGCAGUCGAUAGCAAGUGAUGGAAGUGAGGAAGUCAGAAAUAUCGCACCACCUCCACCUCCACCUUUACGUAUAACGGAAAGUCCAUCAAGACACAGGAAAGCACGACCAUUAUCAGAACCUGUUAUAAGUCCGAGUGAACCUGUGGUCGAUCCUGAUUCAGAUUCUGAAUUUGAUAAUGACUCCCAUCCUUUGUUGUCGGGCGAAAAAGCUGUUUUGUAUGAGAAGCAAAGUCGAUCCGGUGUGUAUCAUGCAUUUAUUAGAAGAUGUCCUGCAAUUCCAGUAGCGAAUACGUCGCCCUUCAAUGAACUUAACUUGAAUAGUACGGCGACAGUGUCAAUAGAUAGUGCGAUCGGUUCACCUUUAUGGUCAACUGGAGCAACAUCAGCGUUGUUGGAUUCAGAUGCCAAUGAGAAGGGUGAUUCACCAAUGUCCUACAAGAAACGUCGAUUAAGUAAUGGGCCAUGCAGCUAUUCAGAUGCUGGGAAAAAAAAUGAAAUUAUUGGAGAAGAAGAUGGCACAAAAGAUUUCAUUUGUAACAGUGGCUUACUGAAUCAACAGUAUGUAAAUGUUGAUGGUGGACAGGCAGCUUCUACUGAAAACGGUAAAUUGCGAAGUACAAAGUUUCCUUUCCCGCCACUAAGACAUACUCGCUUUUCCGACUCGACUGCUUAUGAAGCGGAUUCAAUCCAUAUGGAUAGUAUAGGGAAACCAGCACUUGAAGGAUCCGCAUCGGCAUUCACUGUCAAUGAAGCAAGCACUUUACUAACAGAGGUGAGUAAGGAAAACCCGAAUGAAACCUCGGUAUCGAAGUCAAACAGCAGUAACCAGCAACGAAGAUUUUCGAUCGAAUCAAGUUCAAGUGGACGUGGUGGCUCCUCGGGGAUGUCUAGUGCAGAAGGUUUGGGUGGUGUUGUCGAAUUCUGUCAAAUUGGAUACAGUGGAGGAAAAACAACUCUUUAUGAACUGUAUUCGCAACAACAGCAACAACCAGAAAGGAAAAUUCCGUUUCCCAUUUUAGAAGUUGACAAAUAAUCAAUCUGUGGCUGAAAUCAUUUCGAAGCGUCUCGCUUGGAAAUUCUUACUGUUUGUUGAAUGAUGUUGAUGUCCGCACAUUGUUCACCUCACUUCGUUUUUGUUGUACAGUGUUAUGCCAGUUCACUUGACAGACCUGUUUCAUAUGGAUAUCACUUCUAAUCACUUAUUCGUAAUCUUAGUGCCUCAUAUCGAUGGACCUGCCAAUGGAUAGUUUUCUGCUCUUAGUAGUAUUGUUCACAAGAAUUUUUUUCUUCAAGUUGAUAUAGAUUUGGAAAAUUUGUAGCUGUGUUAGCCCACUGCGUCAUUUUCGCUCAAUGAAGUCUUCUGACAUGUGAAUUAUUACUUAUUAGUAUGAGGUAUGAUUUUUCCGCGUGACUAUUUUCUAUAUUUUAAUAUUUUGUCAUUUGUUUAUGAUAGGUGUAUGCGUUCUCAUUGCAUAUUUCUGCCCUUUUUCUUAUGGCGAUACUCAAGUUGAUUACUGAUUGAUCGACAGAGAUAGA